CUCUUGGAGAAACCCCACUGUUAUGUAUUUCUUGGCUUUACAACUACUAACAUCACUAGUUGCUUUAGCUGACAUAUAUAGUAGUAGAUUCGGUUUCGCUCGAUGGCGGGACACAUGGUGGUCCCCCUUCUCAGGAAUUUUCGAACAUCUAGGAAGUCAUCUUAGGGUUGCCUCCUGCUUGUUGUUACCAGCAGUUCAAUUGGCAGUGGGUAUCUGCAAUCCAUCAUGGGUUUCCUUGCCAUUUUUUAUUGGCAGUUGUGCGGGUCUUGUGGACUGGUCCUUGACAAGCAACGUUUCAGGACUUUUCAGGUGGUGGAGAGUUCUUUAUAUUUACGCAGGGUGCAACAUUGUCCUGCUGUACCUUUAUCAACUACCAAUAAACUUUUCAGAUAUGAUUCGAUGGAUAGCAAGUUUUAUAGGUGUAUUCAGAAUCUCUGUGGAAACUGAGGGCCCUGAUAUUUGUUCUGGUCUUUUCCUCGUGUCAUUCUACAUCAUGCUAUCAUAUGUGAGGUCAGACCUUGAGGAUAUGGACUUUAUCAUGUCCACAAGUGAAAAUAACUUGGUAUGA